AUGUCUGAAGGUCAUGUAGUGGAUGAUGAAAAUCGUCAGGCAAUUUCCAAGUCAAGGGGGAAACGAGUGGAGGUAUCGAGUACAGAAAUACAGCCACUGUGAAGAAGUAGUACCUUUACCAUCAUGGAGUGGAUUUUUUAUACAGCUCACGACACUGGUUCCUGAUAAGAGUCGGAUUGGCUAUCUUCCUAUUAUUGAUGGCAGUCCUACAGAUCUUGGUGUCGUUAAUGCUGUUCUUUCACAAAGCAUAGACAUAGCAGACAAACUGAACCAAAAUUCCAUUGUUGUUGUCAUGGAUGAAGCCGUAUAUGCUAAAGCUCAGUUGAUCCGUUGGACCGAUGAUCUGUUUCAGAAUCGAUUAGUUCUACGACUUGGUGAAUUCCAUGUCAUAAUGUGCUUUCUGGGGGUGAUUGGCAAACGAUUUCAAGAUGGUGGUUUACGUGACAUCCUCAUUGAAAGCAAUAUCGUCGCAGAAGGAUCUAUAAAUGGUGUUUUGUCAGGAAAACACUACAACCAUAGUAUAAGAUCAAUGAAAAUCGUCUAUGAGGCAAUAUAUUGUCUUGUUAUCACCGCAUUUUUAGAUUUCAUGUCCGAUGAUGAGAGAAAUUCAUUGGAAUAUGUAGUACAUGAUCUGAAGGCAGCUUUUAGUAAUGGAACUUUUACUGAAGUUGCAGAGAGUGAUGAUGUCCGAAAUAUCCUGAGAAAACUAAAUGAAUUUACAAGUGAAAAGGGAAAGUCAAGUCCGACUUUGCAUAUUGGUUGA